CGCUACUUAUCUAGUCUCGCAGAAGGUGGUGUUGAGGACGGAUCCCCCCGUUUACCUUACUCUCUCCUCGCGUGUGUUGGUGUAUGUUCGUCUGCGAGUAGAGAAGAGAAAGAGAGAAAGGGACUGUCUGACUCUCUCGUUCUGUGUGUGUGUGUAUCAGUGUUUUUCUCUCUCGUAAGACAAAGGACAAGGAUUUCGUACCUGCAGGAGUAUUUAUCGUUAAACGUGCCUAGCUCGAGCAAAGAUGGGUUCUGCCUUCGUUGAGGACCCCGGCGUGGAGGAUUUCCUGGGCUUCGACCUGACCGCCCUCGAGGUCGACGAAGCCUACCUCAGCCUCACGUCAGACGACCCGAGGGCGCUGAGCCUCUUCACGCGCAACGGAGACUGCUACGGGUGCCCGCUACAAAGGCGCGACAUAAAGGUGACAGCGGAAGGCGCGAACGUGACGCUCCCCACUGCGCAUGCGUGGACCUUCGUUCUGAGUGAAUCAACUGAAGAAUAUUUACCAGAAAUAAACGGAAGUGUUUGUGCGUUUACGGAAGCUAAUCUUGGCGAGUUUGGUGUUUAUGAACUUGCUCUCGAAAAUAACAAGUGUACCUUCUCCACGCUCAAGGACCCGGUGUUUGAAUAUGGAGCCAUGGUGAUAGCCCUAGCAGUGUACGCGGGCCUGGCCAUCCUCUGCGCCAUCGCUACACAGGUGUACAAAAGGGGCGUUCAGUCUUUGUUCAAAUCGGGGGUGGCGGAGGCGACCAGCCAGGUGGUGCUACAUAUGGGCGAGUCAACCGAGAGCGCAGCGCCGUCAACGCCAGUCAAGACCGCGAAGAAACCGAGACUCAAGUCACUUGAUACCGUGAGAGGGAUUAGCAUCGUGGUUAUGAUCUUCGUGAACUACGGCGCCGGCAGAUACUGGUUCCUGGAGCACGCCACGUGGAACGGCCUGCAGGUGGCGGACCUCGUGUUUCCUUGGUUCCUCUGGAUCAUGGGCGUGUGCAUUCCCAUGGGCCUCCAGUCAGCCCUCCGCCGGAACACGCCCAAGAAAAAGACCCUCUUCAGAAUCGUCAAGCGCUCCCUGAAGCUGUUCCUCCUGGGCAUCAUCCUCAACUCCCUGGGCGGGUGGGUGUACCUCGACCGCUACCGCAUCCCGGGCGUGCUGCAGCGGUUCGCCAUCUGCUACUUCGUGACCGCGGGCGUGGCGCUGGCUCUCUCGCCGAAGGAGGCGCCGAAGUAUCAGAGCAACGUGGGCAUCGCGCUCUCCGACAUCCUCCAGCUGUUCCCUCAGUGGGUCGUCCACAUCCUGAUCGUCGUCUGCCACACUCUCAUCACCUUCUUCCUGCCCGUGCCCGAUUGCCCGACGGGCUACCUAGGUCCCGGGGGCGUCGCUCUCCUGCAGGACGGAGAACCGAGUCCCCAGUGCAUAGGCGGCGCAGCGGGAGAAGUGGACCGCUGGCUUCUGACGGCGUCCCACAUCUACCAGAACCCGACGGCGAAGGGAGUCUACUCGUCGGGGGCUUUCGAUCCUGAGGGAGUUUUAGGUUCCCUAACCUCAAUCUUCCAAGUGUUCCUGGGUGUGCAAGCCGGUAUGGUGUUACAGUGCCACAAGACCCACAGAGGACGUAUGGUGCGCUGGUUGCUGUGGUCAGCGGUCCUCGGUGCCAUUGGGGCGGGGCUGUGCGGUGCCUCCAUGAACGAUGGUGCCAUACCCGUCAAUAAGAAUCUGUGGUCGCUCUCCUUCGUUAUGGUGACGUCAUGCUUCGCCUUCUUCCUGCUGGCCGUCUGCUACCUGCUGGUCGACGUCUGGGGCGUGUGGAGUGGCGCGCCGGUCUUCCAAGCAGGCAUGAACAGCAUUUUCCUGUACGUGGGCCACAACGUCGCGUACAACCUGUUCCCUUGGCACUACAGCAUUGGCCACAUGAACACUCACCUGGAGCUCCUCGCCGAGACGCUGUGGGGAACGACUCUGUGGGUUCUCAUCGGCCUCUAUUUACACCACAAGGGCAAGUUCUACACGGUGUAAGGCAGGUGCGAGGCUGGUGUGUGUGCUGUGCAGAGGUUAAGAGGGAAGGGGUCCUCGGUCGUUCUGCUUUGUGUUGUGGGGAGUGUUAUUUUCUCCUGUGAGGUGCUGCGGUGGCGUCCGUCUGUGGGUGGAGUGAGGGAGAUGUUGUUGGCGUAGGAAGCAUCAAUGAGGGAGUUAUUUUGUUGUUGUUUUUAUGCUUUGAUGCGAAGGUUUGGAUUAGAGUUGAAGACGUGCAACUGACGCUUUUUUUGAAAUGCUUACAGGUAAUUCUGGAUUGCCAGUUACAUCUCUAGCUACGUGGCAUUGCUCACGCUCAUCCAUACCUUCGUCUUCAUUUGUCACAACUGUUUCUUUUCUCUUUUUUGAGAAGUUCUAUGUCUAAAUGUUUUUAACACUAUGGAGGGGUGAAGAGGAAAUAUUUAAUACAGAUAAUUAUCAAAGAAACUGUUUACCUUCGACCGUGGAGAAGUGAAGACGAAAUGCUCAACCUUUAAAGAAGGAAAUAAUAUGACUGGCGA